UUGGUGAGUUGGACGCAGUCAUCGUUUAACGUGUCAGUAACAAGAAGUGUCAAAUAACCGAAAAGAUCGAGAAUUACGCUUUUCAGAGAGGAAAUAAACCUACCAAGAAGUGCAAUUUCUUUGAAAGAGCUUAAGGAUCCCCCUAUUCCCAUAGGGCCCACCUUCAAUAACUGUGACACAGAAGUAUCAGUCCUGAUAGGAAGGGAUUACUCAAAUGCAUAUUGACUGCUGUGAAGUUUUGCAUUUUCAAAACAGACUGAAAGUGAAACGGUGAUGUUUAAUGAAACUUCAAUUUUCUCUAUAUUCAUUUGUACAUCGUACGCUACAAAUAUAAUUAUCAUGCAGCCUGUAAAAAUGGAAGAGGUGAUUGACAAUGUUCACUCAGGUUUACUAAACACAGAAGGAUAGAUGCAUCCUCGUGUUGUGUGGAUUCAAGUGUGGUAAAAUCAUAACCCCAUGGGUCUAGGUUGGGGUCAGAAUAUUGGGUCAAAAUUCGUUGUGGAAUUAAAGAGGGGUAAAUCUUCCUCUGAAGAACAGCAGGGCCAGGUUGGCUUAGUGUCAUAACCUGUAUUUUGACGAAGACUGAGGCAUGCCAGGAAAGAUUGUCGAAAAAAAAUUGGAGAGCAGCCCAGCAGAAUUCGUAUGUGGUUGGGGAUCUGCAUUUGUCAACAUUACAGUCACAUUUCCUAUUAAUAAAGUAAUGUUUCGCCAACAAUUGUCAGGCGUCCGAACCUUCCCUGCACUCAGGCAAUUGCAAACCGAAGGACUAAGUAAUCUAUACAGAGGCUUCUUUCCUCCACUUAUACAGAAAACUGCUUCAAUGACACUCAUGUUUGGAAUGUACUACAAGUGUCGUAAUUAUUUAAACAAACAAUAUCCACAAAGUUCUGUGUUUUGCAAUAGUGUCAUUGCUGCUACAUUUGCAGGCGCUUUGGAAGCUUUGUUAUUACCUUUCGAGAGAAUUCAAGUACUAAUGCAGGAUAAAAAUUACAAUCAUCGAUUUGAAAAUGCUAGACAUGCUGCAAGGGAAUUGAACUCCAUUUAUGGCAUGAAAGAAUUUUACAGAGGUGGUUCUGCAAUACUCCUUCGUAACUGUGGCAGCAAUAGCUUAUUUUUUCUUGUCAGAGAUUAUGUAAUGGAUACUCUUCCACCACCUGAAACUGUCCUAAAAAGAACUACGCAGGAUUUCGUAUGUGGUGCUGCAUUGGGUGCAUUUCUUAGUACUUUGUUUUAUCCAGUAAAUGUUGUAAAAGUGAAGAUGCAGAGUAAGGUGGGUGGAACAUUUGAAAGCCUGCUUUAUACUCUCAAAAUUGUCCAAGAAGAAAGAAAUCAAAGUAUUCGAAAACUUUUUCGCGGAGUUCACAUCAAUUUUACCCGAUCUUUCCUUUCCUGGGGUAUUGUAAAUGCGACAUAUGAAUUUCUUAUGGUGAACCUCUUCGGUAGAAGUUCAAGAAGAAAUAAUUAGAGAAAAAAUACACAUUGUAUUAUUAUAUCAACAAUAUAUAUUGUAUGAUGUUAUUAAAAUCAUGAUUUUUUUCUUAUUAUUAGGUUUAUUAUGAAAAAUAUGUAUUUUGAUGUGUGAUCCCCUUAUCCACGAGCGGGUUCAGCCAUACAUGUACAUGUAAUGCUACAUGACAAUUUGUUUCAGAGGAUGGGGGUCAUCGAUCCCAAAACAUUAUGGUAGCUUUACCUUGUAUAUCCUAAACCAAGAUCGGUUUAUACAGUCCCUGAAACGACAUACUUUCCCAUUUGAACGUAAACAACAUUGUCCAUUGUACAGACUGCGACACACUUAGCCCGUGCUGAUCAUCUAUCUUCAAUCAGGGGAAGUAUCAGAGUAUAAUAUUUACCCUGUAUUGUGCAUGAAUCCUUAUACCAUAUAAUUUACUGGUCAGAGUAUUGCAGAUUUAUAGAUCAGGGAAUCAUUUAUGUAGUGUUGCACAAUUUUGUUUGUUAGAGUUACCCCCCCUUUGUACAUUGUUCCGGGUAUGUAAUCCUCUCCGGUUCAUUUUUUAUUUUGUUUACAUGAGGAUAGGAGGCCAUUUUGGCUGAUGUUUUUGUAGUUUCUGCUUGUUCCAAGCAUUGCAUGUGCCUUGUGGGUACACUCCUGCACCAUAUGUAAGUAAAACUAAGCAUUCACAUGUAUUUUCUUAAAGUAGUCUCUAUAACAUGUUCACAUAUUAUGACUGUUUGGACAGACUUAAUUUUUGGCACAUGUCCAUGUCUUAAAACAUUGCUAUGUAUCGAGUCAUUUUUAGUAAAUUCAGUGCUACAGUUCAUUUCAUACUAGGAUAGGUUUAUCAUAUCUUGAUGUAUAUUAAAUGGGUUAUAAGCCAUUGUAAAGUUUUAUUAUGAAUGUAAAUUCUAUAUCCUCAGUCAAUUUAGGUAUAUUCUGCAUACAGCUCAAUAGUGCAUAUAAUAUUCUUGUGAUAGCUUAAGCCUGUUUCUGAUCUAAUUUUAAUUUCAGAAUUUUGACUUGUAUUUGACCUAAUAAAUUGUUACCUUUUCAAGUCUGUCCUAUUUGUCUACAAUUGAUGUCUUGCUUAAAGUUGGGGUCAUUGUUUACCAUUUAACUGUACUAUGAACUUUUUGUAAAUUUGUUUUUUCAUUAUUUUCAGUCUCUUACCACAUGCACGUUCAAUCAUUCACUUAAUAAAAGUGACCCACUUUGAAGGUGUUGAUUACUGAAUUGGUAGACUAUCUGCACAGAGGCAGAAUAGUAAGAGAAUAUGACGAGGAUCAAAGACUGAGAUCAUGGCAACUGAUAAAGAGCAACAGGAUACGGAACCUAGACUUCGGGUUAUGACGGAGAAGGGCCAAGCAUUAUUUGACGAUAAAUUCUUAAAUCUGCAGGAAGGGUGCACGAACUCAUGGAGGGAAAUAGAGGACGUCAUAGCGAAUUGUGAUAGUGACAAUAAUGACCGGAAGUACUUAAGGGAGACAAGACCGUGUGGAUUCUAUGUUCAAACAGUACCUCAGGCAUAGUCAAGGUUUAGCAGACUUUUUAGCAAGAACACGGACUGAUCAAUCUCUACAGAAACUAGAGCAUCAUGAACUUCAGUAUCGCAUACAUUCGGAUAUAACAUUGAAAUUUCGUGACAGUCUACAUGAAAGAUUACUUGAACAAGCUGAACGACUUUCAGAGAAGUCCAGGACUUCAUCACAAGCUUCAAAGACACCGUCCGAAUUACUUAAGAUUCGAGUGAAGGCAGAAACUCAACAGUCGAGGCUUAAAUACCUAGAGGAGCAGACAGCUCUAGAAAAACGAAAAGCAGCCACUGAUAUUGAUAUAUGGGUUUCAAAAGAGAAAGAAGCGGCAGCCGUGGCAAAUGCCGAACUGAAUGUCGUUGAAUAUGAUCGCGGAUCACAAGGGAAGUGUUCAGUUGGACAUUGACCAGGAACUUGUAGAACAGACGGCUGAAGCUGAAGCUUAUGUGAAUUCACAGGUCAGCAACCAAUCGGAGAUUCGUGCCAACCAUGUUCAACAUGAUGACAUCUCAUAUCAUCCAAGAAAUGGACCUGUAAGCAUCACUUCAACUCAACCAGACUUUCGUCUUCCUAUAACUGGUCAUGUUAGAUCUCAUGAACAACCACCAAUUGUUGACAUGAGCAACUACCUCUUAAAGAAAGACUUACUCUUACAUCGCUUUACUGCUUUUGAUGACUCUGCUCAAAACUAUACAGUGUGGAAAGUUGGCUUCUUAAGUAUUCUGAAGUAACUGAAGGUGUCACCCAUAGAAGAAGUGGACCUAUUGACAAAAUGGUUGAGUCCCGAAUCCAAGAAAUACGCACUCUCCAUACGCUCAGCUAACACAUUCCAACCCGAGAGGGUUUUAUCUCUGAUAUGGGAUCGCUUAGAAGAUCGCUACGGAAACCAGAGAUGGUAGAAGCUGCAUUGAAUGCAAAACUUAGAAAUUUUCCAAAAAUCACUGAGACAGAUCCAAAGCGUUAUUAUGACCUGCUCGACUUACUGUAUGAGAUCGAGCCCAACAAGCAAGAUCCAAAAUAUUCUAGACUACUUGGAUAUUAUGACACUUCCUCGGGUAUACUACCUAUUGCUUGUAAACUUCCCAACCACAUACAAGAUAAGUGGGCCACCCGUGCAUCGCAGUAUAAACGUUUAAACCAUGCCCCUUUCCCACCAUUCAGCAUUUUUGUCAGUUUUAUAAAGGACAUUUGUGAGUUGAAAAAUGACCCCGGUCUAGUUUCAAGCACCAGAUAUUCAUCUGACAAGAAGAAGGAACCUACAAACAAAGUAUUUGUGCGAAAGUCGGACAUUAGUGCUGAAACACCAUCGUCAUCUACACGGUGCCCUAUACACAAGGCUGAUCAUCCCUUGGAACAAUGUCGUACUUUCCUAGCAAUUACAUUCCCGAGCAAACGUGACUUGAAAACUAGAGAACUCUGCUUCCGUUGCUGCAAGGGAAAACAUAAGGCGAACAAGUGUAACUAUAUAAAGUGACUUGUGAUGUGUGUAAGGGUGAUCGUCAUAUAACCUGUAUGCACUUUCACAAGGACCCUGGACAAGAGAUUGGCGGGGAGAAUUUGUCAAAAGAAAUUGUAUUUGUGAAGGGAGAAGAAAAUGUGGUCACGUUGUCUUGUACCCAAUUGUGCGGGAUGAAUAACGUAGACCGAUUUUGUGGAAAGAUUGUCCUUGUGAAUGUGUACCCUUCUAACAGACCAAAACUAGCUCUUAGAUUAUAUGCUAUGGUAGACGAUCAAAGCAAUAGAACUUUAGCUCGCUCCAAGUUUUUUGACCACUUCGGAUUAGAGGGUAAUGACUGUAUCUUUACAUUGAAUUCCUGCAGUGGUAGCGUUACAUUUUCUGGGAGAACAGCAGAGGGAUUCGUCAUAGAACAGAAGUUGUGCUUACCCAGGAUCAUAGAGUGCGAUAAAAUUCCGAAUAAUCGUAAGGAAAUACCGACUCGUGAAGUUGCGUCUACAUAUCAACAUAUGUUGGAUAUUGCAGGAUUUAUCCCAGAUUUGGACCAAACAGCGGAGAUUCUGCUCCAAAUAGGAAGAGACUUGAUCCAAGCACAUCACGUGAUUGAUCAAAAACUUGGGCCUCCAGACUUACCGUUUGCACAGAAACUGUACUUAGGGUGGACAGUGAUAGGUGAAAUGUGUUUGGGCAGUGCUCAUAGGCCCCAACUCCAUUGUUGUUAAUAAGACUCAUGUGUUGAAUAAUGGGCGUAGUACCGUACUUGAACCUUGCGAUUCAAAGCUAUUCAUUACACAAGGAAAAACUUGUCAUCAUGGUGCUGGUUCAUGCUCGGAAAUAUUCCAUACAACAGUGAAUGACGAGACUCCAGGAACGUCAACAGAGGACCGCCAGUUUCUAGAAAUAAUGAACAGAGAAUUUUAACGGGAUAUUCAUGGAAAAUGGACUGCUCCGUUACCUUUUCAAUCUGACAGGCCUGUACUUUCAAAUAAUUACACCCAAGCAGUGAGACGUGCUAAGAUCUUUGAUUCCUCAUUGAGAAAACCCCCCACAAAACUGAGACAUGCGUUAGAAUUCAUGAGGAAUAUCUUGGACAGAAAUCAUGCAGAGGUAGCACCUCCUCUGAAACCAAAUGAGUAAUGCUGGUACCUGCCGAUAUUUGGGGUGUACCACCCACUCAAACCAGAAAAGAUUCGCAUGGUGUUUGACUCUUUGACUCGUUUCCAGGACUUGUCUCUAAAUAGUGUACUUUUGUUGGGUCCAGACCUUACGAACAGUCUCAUUGGAGUGUUGAUGCGUUUUCGAAUGGAAUCUGUAGCUGUGACGGCAGAUAUUGAGCAGAUGUUCCACUGCUUUGGUGUCGCAGAGAAACAUAGGAACUUCUUAAGAUUCUUAUGGUACACAGACAACGACCCAUCCAAACCUCUAACAGAAUUCCGCAUGACUGUUCAGGUGUUUGGAAACACCCCAUCACCUGCUGUGGCUACUUACGGAUUUCGACUAGCUGCCAUUCAGGCAGAACACAGUUUUGGAAAAGAUGUAAGAGAGUUUGUGGAACGGAACUUUUAUGUGGAUGAUGGCCUGGUAUCUGUACCGACGACCCAAAAAGCCACAGACCUCGUACAUCGCACUAAAUGCCUUAAUGACUCAUGGGAAUCUGAGAUUACACAAGAUUGCAUCUAAUGAUCCUAGCGUGAUGCAGAGCUUUGAUGUGAAGGAUCUAGCAAAGGACUUGAUAGAACUUGAUAUCACAGAUGACGAUCUGCCAACUCAAAGGAGCCUAGGACUAGUGUGGGACCUUCAAAAGGAUGUCUUUGGGUUUAGACUCAGUAGGAAGGAAAAACCAUACAUUCGAAGAGGAGUUCUGUCCUCUGUUAACAGUCUGUACGACCCUCUAGACUUCAUCGCCCCUAUCACUAUUCAAGGAAAGCUACUCCUCAGGGAAAUGACGCAGACCCCAUGUGUAGACUGGGAUGCUCCCUUACCAGAAGAAUUCCUGAACAGAUGGGAUGAUUGGACUCAAUCAUUAUCUCAUCUUGGGAAACUGAAUGUACCACGGAAAUACCUACCUAUGGGCUUCUCUCAGCUUAAAGAGAAGAAAGUACUGGUUUUCACAGAUGCCUCAGAAGUGGCUAUUACUGCCGUAGCUUACCUGUUUGAUGCUCAUGGUCGAGACAUCAAUCUGGGUUUUAUUAUGGGAAAGUCCAAAGUUGCCCCCAAACCAGCGACAUCUAUACCACGCUUAGAGCUGUGUGCUGCCGUCCUGGGGGUGGAGAUUGCUAUUAUUAUAAGGGACCAACUAGACAUCAGUGCGGAUCAUAUCAAGUUCUACACAGACAUCAGAAUUGUUCUAGGUUAUAUUUACAAUCGUACCAAGAGGUUUUUGACCUAUGUAAGCAACAGAGUUCAGAGAAUUCUAAGCUUCGCUCCAUCAUCUCAAUGGAACUUUAUACCUACGGACCAGAACCCAGCAGACCAUGGUACUAAAUCUACUGUUGACAGUGCAUUGUAUGACUCAUGGUUGCGUGGACCUAUUGAAUGGCUUCACACAGAAGAUAACGCAAUUCAUCUUGCCCAAAUACAUGAUUUGGUGGAUCCAGCUAUGGACAAAGAAAUCAAACAGGACAUUGUUGUUUGCAAGGUAGAAACGUCUACCCCUUUAUCUUGGACGUAGCGUAGCUUUGGGAAAUUUUCUUCAUGGAAGAACCUUGUAAUAGUCAUCAUGUGCCUCAAACGGGCCGUCCAUACUGUGACAUACCGAAACAACAGUAGCAGUACGAACGAUGAAAUGUUCGAACAUGGCAGUGAAUACAGGAAGGCAGAGGAGCUCAUAAUACGUCACGUCCAAUCAGAAGUCUAUCAAAAAGAAAUUACUGCUGUUAGAGAUGAAAGACCCCUUCCUAGAAGCAGUUCCAUCUUAAGAUUCAACCCAUUGUUAGAUGAAGAAGGCAUGGUACGCGUCGGUGGUCGACUAAAACGAGGUGACUUUGAUUUAGGGGAAAGGAGUCCCAUUCUUGUACCAGGAAAUCAUCAUAUUGCCAAACUUUUAGUUCUAAACUUUCAUGAGAUAACACACCAUCAAUGACACCAUUUUACGGAGGGAGCCAUCCGCAGUGCAGGAUCAUGGAUUACUGGUGCCAAACGUAUCGUGUCAUCAGUGAUUUACAAAUGUGUGAGCUGCCGCUGAGGGCGUGGAAAACUUCUUACUCAAAAGAUGGCUGACUUACCCCCAAUACGGUGAAACCUUCACCUCCAUUCACUUAUGUCGGAGUGGACUGUUUUGGGGCAUGGAAUGUAACAACUAGGCGUACUCGUGGCGGGAGCGCGGACUCUAAGAGAAUGGACAGCUUUGUUUACCUGUAUGUGCUGCAGAGCAGUGCACAUUGAAGUCUUGGAACAAAUGAACACACCUUUCUUUGUGAACGCUCUACGACGAUUCUUUGCGUUAAGGGGAAAUGUUAAGGAGUUUUACUCAGAUAGAGGCACAAACUUUGUCGGCAGUGUAAGAGAGUUAGGUAUAAACUCUGUGAAUGUUGAGGACCUACCCAUCCAUAACCUACUUGUGGAUAAAGGAACAAUCUGGAGGUUUAAACCCCCCCCCCCCCCCCCUCAUUCCUCGCAUAUGGGCGGAACCUGGGAAUGUCUUAUAGGGGUUACGCGCCGUAUCCUGGACUCCAUUUUGCAAGAGAAUCGACACACUAAACUUACUCAUGAAGUGCUCACUACUUUCCUUGCGGAGGUUUCGGCUAUUGUCAACAACAGACCAAUCGUGCCUAUCGCAACCAAUUCAGAAUCACCUCAAGUGCUCACUCCAAAUGUUCUACUUACGCAAAAAAACAGGGGAUGUGUUUGAAAGUCAUAUGAACUUUGAUGUUCGCAACAUGUAUACAUCUCAAUGGAAAAUCGUCCAAAUUCUUGCCAACAGAUUCUGGGACUGUUGGCGUAAGGAAUAUCUCCAGUCUCUACAGCAACGCAGAAAGUGGACCGACACCAAACCAACUGUUCAAGAAGGAGACGUCGUCCUGAUGAAGGAUGUGGAACAGCAUCGAAACUUCUGGCCGCUCUGUCGCAUAAAACGUGUGUUCUCCAGUGAAGAUAAUCUUGUGAACUUGUAACAUUCAAGGCAGGAACAAAGAAAACUUAUGUGCGACCAAUUACCCAGAUCGUACCUAUAUUGUCCAGUCCAAGUUAAGUGUUCAGUAAAUGUUGAACAACUUGUACAUCUAUUAACUUUGAGUUAGUACCCUUUAUUUGUGCUUUCAUGAAUAUCCUCAGUUAAGGAUAAUACUAUAUAUGUAUUGUGUUCAAGGGUGUGAUAUUUCAUAUAAGGCGGGGAGUGCAGUGUUGCACAAUUUUGUUUGUUAGAGUUACCCCCCCCCCCCCUUUUGUACAUUGUUCCGGGUAUGUAAUCCUCUCCGGUUCAUUUUUUAUUUUGUUUACAUGAGGAUAGGAGGCCAUUUUGGCUGAUGUUUUUGUAGUUUCUGCUUGUUCCAAGCAUUGCAUGUGCCUUGUGGGUACACUCCUGCACCAUAUGUAAGUAAAACUAAGCAUUCACAUGUAUUUUCUUAAAGUAGUCUCUAUAACAUGUUCACAUAUUAUGACUGUUUGGACAGACUUAAUUUUUGGCAUAUGUCCAUGUCUUAAAACAUUGCUAUGUAUCGAGUCAUUUUUAGUAAAUUCAGUGCUACAGUUCAUUUCAUACUAGGAUAGGUUUAUCAUAUCUUGAUGUAUAUUAAAUGGGUUAUAAGCCAUUGUAAAGUUUUAUCAUGAAUGUAAAUUCUAUAAUUAUCCUCAGUCAAUUUAGGUAUAUUCUGCAUGCAGCUCAAUAGUGCAUAUAAUAUUCUUGUGAUAGCUUAAGCCUGUUUCUGAUCUAAUUUUAAUUUCAGAAUUUUGACUUGUAUUUGACCUAAUAAAUUGUUACCUUUUCAAGUCUGUCCUAUUUGUCUACAAUUGAUGUCUUGCUUAAAGUUAGGGUCAUUGUUUACUAUUUAACUGUUCUAUGAACUUUUUGUAAAUUUGUUUUUUCAUUAUUUUCAGUCUCUUACCACAUGUACAUUCAAUCAUUCACUUAAUAAAAGUGACCCACUUUGAAA